AUGGGCGUGCUCGAGGAGGAGCACGCGGGCUUCCAGUCGACGCUCGCGGACCUGCGCCGGCUCUUCACGAAGCGCCGCGCCGCCGCCGAGGGCCUGGACGCCGCCGUGCGCGGCCGCGAGGCGAGCGACGCCGAGGCCGUCCGCGAGGGCGCGCGCGUCAUCGAGCUCGAGGCGCGCGUCGAGGCGCUGGAGGCCGCCGUGCAGCCCGGCCGCGCGCGCACGGUCCAGGGCGAGCUCAACGCGGCGCUGCGCACGCGCUUCGGCGGCGCGGAUAUUCCGACGCUCGGCGCGUCGCGCACGGACGCGGGCGUCCACGCGCGCGGCCAGUGCGCCCACGCGGACCUGCCGGUCGCGCCGCUCGGCGGCGCGCCGCUCGAGCUGUUGGAGCACCAGAUCAACCGGCUGCUGCCCGACGACGCGCGCGUGCACGACCUGCGCCCGGCGCCGGCGCCCAAGCCCUGGCAGGCGCGGGAGGGCCUGCCCUGGCACGCCAUCGCCAACGCCGCGGGCAAGCGCUACGCGUACCGGCUGACGGCGCGGAGAGGCAGCGCGGACCCGCUGGGCCGCCUGUACCGGGGCCACGUCGCCUACCGCGCCGUCGACUUCGGCCGCCUCGACGACGCGCUCGCGUGCUUCGUGGGCGAGCACGACUUCGCGGCCUUCGCGAACAACGCGCCGGGCGUCGACCCGUCGGGCGCCGCGCGGUCGACGACGCGCUCCAUCCGGUCGGCGACGCUUUUGGACGAGGGCGGCGGCGACGCGACGCUGACCUUCGAGCUCGACGGCGCGCUCUACAAGAUGGUGCGCAACGUCGUCGGCGCCGCCGUCGCCGUCGCCGACGGCGCGCUGCCCCGGGACGCGAUCCCGGCGCUCCUCGCGCCCGGCGCGCGCCGCGCGGACAACCCGGCCAAGGCCGCGCCCGCCUGCGGCCUCUGCCUCGAGGAGGUGUACUACGACGACUACUAG